UUUGUGCCAUGUGACCUCUGUGAUCAUUCACAGAUUUCACAAGUAGUAAACAAUGAUGUCAGAAAUGACAUCUUGUUUACUACUGUUCAUGUGACCACUGAUUGUCUAAUCAGUGAUCACAUGAAUCAGGACCUCACACAGAGGUCCCGUACAGCGAUCUGUGUUCCGCUGUGUCCCAGGGAGCGCGCUCCAGCAAUGGAUGCGGAGGGAUGUUUAGAAACGUCUCCCCUCAUUGGCAGCGCUCCCAUCCAGCUGUUUACCGGCAUGCGCCGGACAAAGUUAACUAAAGAGGUUAACUAAAUUGUAUUGAAGUGGAUUGGUUUCGACAUUAUGCACCGA